AUGAAGAAGAGGUCAAGUGCUGAAUACAGUGCGGUCCUAUCAGAUGCUACUGGAGAUUUGGGCUGUUUUGGUUUUAUUCUAUUGGGGUUAUCCUACUUGUUGGUAAUUGUAACAUUUCCCCUUUCAUUAUGCUUUACUACUCGGGUUAUUGCUGAAUAUGAACGAGCCGUUAUAUUUCGUUUGGGUCGAAUACUUCCGGGUGGUGCUAAAGGUCCAGGUUUAUUUUUUGUUGUACCAUGUAUGGAUCGUAUGCGUAAAGUGGAUUUAAGAACAGUCACAUUUGAUGUUCCACCACAAGAA